UCCACUGUUUGCGCUGGAGACUGUCGGAAACCCCUGUGGAAAGCUGGGCACGCUGCAGGAGGGACCUGAUCCAGAAUCUGCUGAAAUCAAGGAGAAAGGCUCCUGUUGUCAUUAGUCUACUUGAAUGAGACCCUUUCCAGGAAGCAGCAGCCACCAGUAGGCCAAUCCAAAUCAGCAUAAACAACUGAGCAAGGACCUGGGCAGACUUGGUGAACACAGCAGGACCCUUUUGACUGCACUAGUUAUAGAAACAUGAAGCUGUUGUUUUGCCUGUGUCUUUUAAUUGUUGGGAUUCAUUCUGAAAGUUAUUACUAUGACCGUUAUCAACAAGGUGUAAGAAACCAAAAUCAAAGAGGCCAAGAAAAUCAAAAUAUGCCACAGCAGUCUGUAGGGAAGAGUGUUUGUCGAUUUGCCUGUUGUUUCUACAAAGAGAUUUCUUCUCGUGAAAACAAUGGGAAUGUUUUCUUCUCUCCUUUAAGCAUCUCCACUGCUUUUGCAAUGCUGACUCUGGGUGCUAGAUCAGACACUCUGACACAGAUUCUUAGGGUCCUUAACUUUAAUCCACGUGAGAUUUCUGAAAAUGACAUACAUGAAGGUUUUGGUCAACUCAUGCAAAUGCUAAACAGAAAGAAUCAAGAGUUACAGCUGAAUAUGGGAAAUGUGCUGUUUGUACUUGACCAGCUGAGACCACAAGAUCAAUUUUUAUAUAAUCUCAGAAACUUUUAUGAAGGAGAAGUUUAUCCUAUGAACUUUAAGAAGGCUGAUCAAGCCCAGGUGAAGAUCAAUGAAUAUGUAGCAGAAAGAACCAAUGGGAAAAUCAAGGACCUAAUAAAUAAUCUUGAUCCACUGACUGAAAUUCUCCUCAUUAGCUAUAUUUAUUUUAACGCUGAGUGGGAAAAACCCUUUGAUCCAAAAUACACUAAAAAGGACAAAUUCUUUAUGGAUGGGAACAAGGCUGUUCAAGUCCCAAUGAUGUUUGGAAUGGGCCUAUUCAAGCAUGGCUAUGAUGAACAGUUGUCUUCCACUGUGUUGCAAAUGGAUUACAAAGGAGGUGCUUCAGCCUUUUUUAUUCUGCCUGAUCAAGGAAGAAUGAAGAAACUGGAAAAAAGAUUGUCUUGUGAACGUAUGUCGAGAUGGAAGACAUUAGUCUCAAAAAGCUCAGCAAAUGUGUAUCUUCCAAAAUUCACUGUUUAUGGGAAGUAUAACCUAAAAAAUGUGUUAUAUAAAAUGGGCAUUGUGGAUGUAUUCACCGAUAAGGCUGACCUUUCUGGGAUCACUGGGCAGCCCCAGCACAGAGUUUCCCAAGCUAUUCAUAAGGCUGUAGUAAAGGUGGAUGAGACUGGCACCGAAGCCGCAGCUGCCACAGGCAUGGAAAUAGUGCCCAUGUCCGUUCCUGCUACCAUUAAAUUCAACAGGCCCUUCCUAAUGGUCAUAACUAUGGACAACAAUAUAAUGUUCAUGGGAAAAAUUGUGGAUCCUCUGAAAAAAGAUUAAGUUGAUGUACAUGUUAGGUGUGCAGUGAUCACCACUUUUGAACACAAUGUUUGACCUAAUGAGUAUAGCAUGGCUGCAGAGGGCUCUCCACCUCUUAACCUAUGUUAUUCAUUGUUUUGUUUUCAGAUGAGACUCUUCAUCAGUUUAAGUUGUCAUAGUUGCAUGUUUGUUUGGGCCUUGUACAUUUUUUUUUUUUGGUUAAAGAAGGUUGCAUUCAGGCAAAACUGUCAUUAGAUCUGGGACAAAAUAGGCCUAUGUGAUACUGACAGCAUAGAUGCAUCUUCUAGCAGGGAAGAUGGAGGAGCAUGUGGGUGGAGAGGAUUUUGUAAGUCUCUUUCUUCCCUCAUGGCUAUCUUCUCACCUGUCUUUGCAUUGACUAACAAACAGAUACAAGUUAUGGCACUAUACUACUUAUGCCCAUUUUCCUACCAACAUGAAGUUCAAAUCUAGCAUAGUUCUUAACAUACAUAAUGCUUACUGCCUUGCAUAGUACCAUUGUUGUCCAGUGAGUCUGAUACAUCCUCCCCUUUCAGCUGUCAAGCCAGCUAGGCUGCUGCAAAGGGGUCACAAAGAAGGUGCGUUUAUUUUCCCUGUAGAUAUAUACUGGGCUCGCCGCUGUUUCUGCAAGAGCUUACAGUCCAAACGCUUUCCAGGGUGGACAUGUCAGAAUCAAACCUCAGAAAAUGAGAGGUAGAUCAGAUCUCUGCCUUUCAGCUCUCUGAAACAGGCCGCUGUGAAUCAGCUACACAGCUUAGAGCAGCCAGAGGAUUACUUUUAGCCUAUGCCUGCACCUGAGCCAGCUUCUAGAAGCCCCCAAGCAGCAGGGAACAUCAACCAUCUCCCCUUUGUGCCAGUGCCUGUACAUUACCACCUGGCCCUGAGAGAUCACUUGCACAGUAAGCACCAAUCCAGUAUUUUUGUGGGAUCAAGCACCCUACCUGUAACACCUUAUACCCCAUCUGUGACAUUUACCUGGUCUCUUGCCAUAACCCCUUCUGUUCCCAGACUGUUCAAUAAUACAACAUUGGUACUCUAUUUCUCAUCUGCUUCAUGGUUAGUAUAGCCACAAUAUUAUAGGGUCUGUCUUCACUAUUAGGAUGCACAGUACUAAAAGUCACAUUCAUAAUGCAUAUGCAUAUUUAUUUUUUCUUAAGUUUACUUUCCUGUCAUUUUUUUGCCUUCUUUUGUUUCACAGCAUCUAUCAGUAUUUUAUUUCUGUGCUCAUGUUCAUGGUAUAUAUCUGAUCUCUGGUUGCAGGAGGGGUAAAUUGUUGACUAAAGUGGGUUAGUCUGCUAAUGGGUAUUAAGCGUUAACACCAGUUUUUGUUCGGCCUUGAAAUGUGCAGACAAAUGUACUGCAGUAGAAAA